GAGUUGUUGGAAUCCCGAGCCGUAGCAAUUUCGAUGAAGAUGGAAAAUCAGGAAGAAAUACUGCUCCUUUUGGAACGUUUUACUAAAUCGAAGCAAAAGGACAUUCCCAGAGAGCUGGAGGACUACCUAAACUUUGUCGCCCGUACGGGCGAUACGCUGUACGGUUGGGUGUUGGUGAAGCCGCUGUUUCGCGAAAAAUUGGUGAACGUAAUUACAGAUUUCCAUGACAACACACCAAGCAUUGCGGAUCUCCCGCAGUGUCCCAAUGUGGAUCCGUUCAACUAUGAGAGAAUGAAGCUGGCCCUUCUUGAUCGGCUGGAUUCUUUUAACUCGGCUCCGUUUACGGUGCAGCGUAUCUGCGAGCUGCUGACGGAACCACGCAAACAGUACACCCGCAUCGACAAGUUUAUGCGAGCAGUAGAAAAGAACAUUUUGGUGGUUAGCACCCAAGAGCCGGGACGUCGUCGGAGCGACAGUGAAAAUGGCGAUUCGCUUGAUUCGAUCGUGAAUGGAGACAUAGAUGUGAACGUUGACGUCGAUAUGGACAAUGACCAGUUCAACCUGGAGCAGGACGCUUUGCUGCCGGACUCGAGCGAUCCCGUCGAAUCACUGCACAACUCACUCACUGAUGCUCCAGCAUUGGAUCGGGAAGGAGACAUUGCGAGCCAACUGAAUGGUACCCGCGCCUCGAGCGGUGGCAGUUUCCUAACCAACGAAAACAAUCAGUUCGAUUCUGUUGCAUCCAAAGCUGACGACGAAGACAAUCGUGCCGUUAUUGAUACGAACGAAAACGCUACCGAUGGGGACAUUAGUGGAGGAUCGUCGUUGCUUGAGGAGGAUGCUCGAGGAAACUCGAGUGCUACACCGAGUGAAGAAAAAGUUGAAGAGCCGGACUCUGGCGAGAAACAUGCUACGGAGGCGGGUAAUUCAUCACCGAUCGGAGAAAAGUUAGACGCAACAUCUCAAGAAAGCGACAAGACAGAAACAGGUACUACAGCAACGACACAGGAAUAUUUCGGUUUACAUAAAAAGGACGCCCAAGAAGGAAAGCUAUCAGAAGCUAGCAGCUCGGGAGCAGCACCGGAGACGGCCGAUGAAGCGAACCCCGAAGCAAAAGCGCAGCCAACAAGUGAUGAUGACGAACAAACCGUUACAACGCAACCGACGGCUGCCAGUACCGGCGACGACGAUGGAGAACCGCACGCCAAAAUGAGCAAGUACGAUGUCAGCACCACCGAACCGAUCACUCCAUCGGAUUCGACUGACUCGAGCAGUGGUAGCGAUGCCGAGGCCCGAUCCGUCGAUGGUUCAUCUUCUUCAUUCUCGUCGUCCUCUUCCGCGUCGGAAGGCGGGAAACAGAUAUCGGAGGAAAAGGCACCAGAAGCAGCAAGCAGCAGCUCUGAAGCGGCAGACAUAGAGAAAGCCGCUCAGCCAGCGCCGCCGGUUGUAGCGGAGUCGAGCAACGUUGAAGAAGGGCCGGCAAUCGCUGAAGAAAAAGUGACCAAAAAAGAUGAAGAAGAGGAGCAGGUCGCAGAAGAAGAAUUAUCGGACGUCGGAAAGCCAUCACAGCAACAUUCCACGAGUGAAGGUUCUAUUACUCCCGCUGUUGUCUCCGAUUCUGAGCCGAAGAAGGAGGGACCAGAACUCGCUACUAGUAGCGUCGGGGAAAACAUCGAUGCGAAGAAAGAUGUAUCUCCCACUGAUCCCACAGCCUCCUCCAUAGUGUCCACGAGCAAUCCACCCAACAUGGAAACCGCCAGCUCGAACGAAGUGCUAGUAACAUCUUCUUCGCUGGAGGUGGAUAUCGAUAUAGAAACAGCGCCACAAAUGGUGGCGGUAGUCGCCGCCCCCUCCUUCUCCGCUGAGGACGGCAUGGAAGAGGAGGAUAUUGUCAACGAGGCGGGCGCGGAGGCGGAGUCGACCGUAGGAGAAGCAGGAAGCAAGGCGGAUAGGGAUGACAAUGUGAUGGACAUCGACGAAUCGAGCGUGGAGCCAAUGGAUCAGUAGACUUCCGUAGUUCCGCCUGAGCUAUGUUUUAGUUUAGGGAAAUGUUCUAAGUUUUUGUACCGUAGCGUUUAGCUCUCCCCUCAAACUUCGCCCCCGCCUCGUUGGCCGACUGGGCGCAAUCGGCCAGCGGCCAGCGGUUUACUAUUUGUAUUAAUGCUAAUCUUAAUGGAUUAAUUCUUUUUUUUUUUACGAUGACAAAUAAAUACAGAUACGAUGGAAGAAACAACA